AUUCACUUUCAAACUGCUUCUGAAACACACAGAGCACGAUUUCAAUCUUUUAUCAACUUCUCCGCUUAAACAAGGCAUUAGAUUUACACGCGGCUUUGUUCCGUGGCUGAUGCUCGCCUCGAGUUUGAUCUGACCGGGCGAAGCAAACAUCUCCUCGCCGCGUGUUUUAGUCUCCAAAGAAAGCCAAGAACCUCUGCUUGGUGUUCGCUUGGUUUUUACUGCGUCAAACUGUUUUACCCUCGAGUUUUGCCCUUCAAUGUAGGAGAAAGAAACACACGCGCGAGGAGCUCGCAGAGGCGCGCAGACACGGAGCGGCGCGGGUUGAGUCUAUAAGGUUCUCAUGUGUUGUUUAAGAGCGCAGCGCUGCUCGAGCGACACUCAUCCUCGAACUCAGCGUUUGGAGAGACUGUAGAUCCGCUCGAGAACAUGGCAGAAACCGCUCCAGCCCCGGCUGCUGCCGCCCCGCCGGCCAAAGCGCCCAAGAAGAAGUCCGCGGCCAAAGCCAAGAAAGCAGGUCCAGGCGUCGGCGAGCUGAUCGUCAAAGCCGUGUCCGCGUCCAAGGAGCGGAGCGGCGUGUCCCUCGCAGCCCUGAAGAAAGCUCUCGCCGCCGGCGGCUACGACGUGGAGAAGAACAACUCCCGCGUCAAGCUCGCCAUCAAGAGCCUGGUGACUAAAGGCACCCUGCUACGGUCAAAAGCACUGCAAGCCCGUGAACAGUGA